GACGAGAUGGCGUCGCGUUCGAUGGCUUCGCUGCUCGCGUGGCUGCCAGCGCUCGCCGUCGCCGCCGCCAAUGACUGCGACGUCGCGGUGGUCGGCGGCGGCUGGGCCGGGCUCUACACCGCCUACCGCCUCGCCCCGACGACGCCGAACCUCUGCCUCUUCGAGGCGCGCCACAAGACGGGCGGCCGCACCUACAGCGUGCGCGAGGAACACAACCUGACCAUCGACAUCGGCGCGUACCGCUUCGGCCGCGACAUGCACCUCCCGGGCGACCUCAUCCGCUUCGACCUGAACCUGAGCACGCGCUGCUACCAGCCCGACUGCGGCCUCGACCCGGAGUUCAACACGACGCUCUACAAGAUCGUCGACGGCGACGCCGCGGAGAACGCGGCGGGCUACGAGACGCCGCUGCGCCUCAUCACGCGGGACCUCGUCGCCCGCGGCGUCCGCGUCGAGUACGGCCGCGAGCUCGUCGCCGUCGAGGACGGCGCGGACGACAGGGGCGCGAGGCUCGUCUUCGCCGACGGGUCGGCCGUCGAGGCCGGCGCGGCGCUGCUGAACCUGCCCCGCAAGGCGAUCACGGCGCUCGACGCGGGCGACUCGCCGCUCUUCCGCUACGACGCGACGGCCGCGCGGCUCCUCGCGGCCUGCGAGCCCUGCCCGCACCCCGAGGGCUUCGAGGUCGAGCAGCUCAAGGUCUACCUCGUCUACCCCGAGCCCUGGUGGCGCACGGAGCUCGGCAUCCUCGAGGGGUCCUUCGCCGCCACGAACUCGUCGCCUCCGUUCUUCGGCCGCUUCCACGACGGCCCCAUGCUGAGGGACGCCGCGGGCGCGCUCGUCGGCGCGGGCGCCAUCGAGACGGUCUACACGUUCAACGAAAAGGUGCCGAGCAUCACCUACUACGACGCGUACCGCGCCGCCGGCGACGACCCGCUGACCGUGUCGACGAACGCGACGCUGCUGGCGGAGAGCCACGCGAAGCUGCUCGCGCUUCACGCGGCCGAUUUCGCGUCGAAGGGCGUCGACCCGGCGACGGUCGCGCCGCCGACGUCCGCGGUCAUGGGCUUCUGGGACGCGUCGAACAAGUUCCUGCCGACGCCCAUGUCGUCGAACUUCCGGGCCAUGCUGAAGACGUGCCCGGAGGAGACCUGCCUCGGCGGCGUCGACGGCCACGCGUACACGAUGAAGACGUCGAACCCGACGGGCGGGAAGAAGAACCUCUUCGUCGCGAACAACGACUACUGGUUCACGGGCUACCAGGGCACGCCCUGCUGCUGGGCCGAGCAGAGCCUCAAGGUCGCGGAGCACAUCCUCAAGACCCACUUCGCCCUCCCAAAGCCCGCCUGGCUCGACGAGGCCUACUACCGCGACCAGGCGGCCCAGACGUCGCUGACCGUGGCGACGUGCGUGACGAAGGCCCGGAGGCUCGCCGUCGACGACCCGUCCGCGCGCCGCCGGUCGUCGCGCGACCGGUCCGUCGCGGCCUCGGACGCGGCCCACGCGUCGAGCACGAGCCGCUUCGACGCCGCGGCGCCGAGCCGCGGCGCCGCCGCGGCGCCGGCGUCCAACCUCGGCCCGCGGCGCCGCGACUGGUCCACGGCGAAGAGCGCGUAG